AUGGACACACUCAUGGAGAAUGUGACAUUAUUUGGAAAUGAUAACCAGACUCUAGGCAUAUGGACCGACCAAAGCAUCGAGUACAAAGUGGUGAGUGUGCUCUUGGUGAUAGUUAUUUGCGGCGCCGGGAUCGUAGGGAACGUGAUGGUGAUCCUUGUGGUUCUCACGACCAAACACAUGCGGACUCCAACCAACUGCUACCUGGUGAGUUUGGCUGUCGCAGACCUUAUCGUGCUGACGGCGGCAGGUUUACCUAACAUUACAGAAAGUCUGUUCGGGGAAUGGGUGUACGGCUACGGCGGCUGCCUCUCCAUAACAUACCUGCAGUACCUGGGCAUCAACGCGUCCUCCUGCUCCAUCACAGCCUUCACCGUGGAGAGGUACAUCGCCAUCUGCCACCCGAUCAGAGCUCAGUCUCUCUGCACCCUCUCCAGGGCCAAAAAGAUCAUUGUCCUAGUUUGGACUUUCACCACUCUUUACUGCCUUAUGUGGUUUUGCCUGUCCGACAUCGAAAAGAAGAUCUACGACAACAUCACCUUAACCGUGUGCGCUUACAGGGUGCCAAGGAGAUUAUACAAGCCAAUAUACUUCGCCGAUUUCACUUUGUUCUACGUGGUUCCGCUCCUGCUGGCCUCCGUGCUGUACGGUCUGAUCGCCAGGAUCCUCUUCCUCAACCCCCUGCCGUCGGACCCCAAGGAAAAGGCGCAGACCUGGAGGAAAAGCUCGUGCGCAGAGAGCAAAACGCACUCCAAGAGCUCUUCUUUUGGAAGCACUGCGGCCACGCGAAGACAGGUGACAAAGAUGCUGGCUGUGGUGGUGGUUCUCUUCGCGUUGCUUUGGAUGCCUUAUCGUACAUUGGUGGUGGUCAACUCAUUCCUAAAACCUCCCUAUGAAGACACGUGGUUUUUGCUCUUCUGUCGACUCUGCAUCUAUCUGAACAGCGCCAUCAAUCCUGUCAUCUACAACGCAAUGUCUCAGAAGUUUCGUGCUGCUUUCCGCAAGCUGUGUCACUGCAGGCCGCAGAACUCACAGAAACCGGCCACAUACAGCAUGGCACUGACUUACAGUGUAAUCAAGGAGACCUCCAAUGGGCAGAGCCCAGAGCACUACCCCACAGAGAUGGAAGAACUUCCAGGGCCUACAAAUGAAUUCCUGCCUGGAAGAAAACAGCUUUCAUAUAAGGAGUCCUCGGUGUCAGACAGCAUGUUAUCUACAGCCUAG